CCCCAACGCCAUGGGCCAGCAUGGACCAGACCACGCUCUGAUUGGAGGAGUGGUGGCAGUGGUCGUCUUCGUCACCCUGUGUCUAAUCAUCGUUCUGGGCCGCUACCUGGCCAGGCAUAAAGGUACCUGGUAAACGCUGCACCUGUAAAACACCCGACACACCUGUAAAACACACCUGUUAAACACCUAAAGAUAACACAACUGACGGUAGGAAAACUGAUAGUAACACACCUGACCAAUUCUCUCUGUCUAUCCAGUUUGUUUAUAAUCAGGUUCAUAGCCGGGCAUAAAGGUAGGUCACCUGACAAUAACACACCUGACAAUAACACACCUGACAAUAACACACCUGACAAUAACACACCUGACCAACUCUAUUAAAUAUAUAACCAGAUAUCAGGUAUAAAGGUAGGUCACCUGACAAUAACACACCUGACCAACUCUAUUAAAUAUAUAACCAGAUAUCAGGCAUAAAGGUAGGUCACACUGACAAUAACACACGACCUGACCAACUCUAUUAAAUAUAUAACCAGAUAUCAGGUAUAAAGGUAGGUCACCUGACAAUAACACACCUGACCAACUCUAUUAAAUAUAUAACCAGAUAUCAGGCAUAAAGGUAGGUCACCUGACAAUAACACACCUGACCAACUCUAUUAAAUAUAUAACCAGAUAUCAGGUAUAAAGGUAGGUCACCUGACAAUAACACACCUGACCAAUUCUAUUAAAUAUAUAACCAGAUAUCAGGUAUAAAGGUAGGUCACCUGACAAUAACACACCUGACCAACUCUAUUAAAUAUAUAACCAGAUAUCAGGUAUAAAGGUAGGUCACCUGACAAUAACACACCUGACCAAUUCUAUUAAAUAUAUAAACCAGAUAUCAGGUAUAAAGGUAGGUCACCUGACAAUAACAACACCCUGACCAACUCUAUUAAAUAUAUAACCAGAUAUCAGGUAUAAAGGUAGGUCACCUGACAAUAACACACCUGACCAACUCUAUUAAAUAUAUAACCAGAUAUCAGGUAUAAAGGUAGGUCACCUGACAAUAACACACCUGACCAACUCUAUUAAAUAUAUAACCAGAUAUCAGGCAUAAAGGUAGGUCACCUGACAAUAACACACCUAACCAACUCUAUUAAUAUAUAACCAGAUAUCAGGUAUAAAGGUAGGUCACCUGAACAAUAACACACCUACCAACUCUAUUAAAUAUAUAACCAGAUAUCAGGUAUAAAGGUAGGUCACCCUGACACUACACAACCUGACCAACUCUAUUAAAUAUAUAACCAGAUAUCAGGUAUUUAGGUAACACACCUGACAAUAACACACCUGACCAAUUCUAUUAAAUAUAUAACCAGAUAUCAGGUAUAAAAGGUAGGUCACCUGACAAUAACACACCUGACCAACUCUAUUAAAUAUAUAACCAGAUAUCAGGUAUUAAGGUAACACACCUGACAAUAACACACCUGACCAACUCUAACCAGUGUCUGUAGCCCAAUUAAAAUAACCAGGGCUACCUGCAGGGCCGGGCAUAAAAGUAACACACCUGACAAUAACACACAUGGCCAUUCAACUCCCAGCUUUCCUUGAAUCUACAUUACGAAGCAUAUCUCAUAAAAAUAUUUAGCUCUGACCAUCAGCAAACAGGUGUUUCAGGACAAUUGUUCCUAUAUUCGUCUGGAAGGACCAUGAAGGGGUAUUUUACAUAGACAUUAAAACCAGUAGAUAGUGAUAGCGCCGACGUCAUCCACGUAUUCCCAUGGAAAACACCAGAAGCCGGAAGUAUUUGAAUUUGUAGAGCGCCAUGUUGCUGAAGGGCACCAAAAAAAUCGCUAAGGAUCAUGUUGAAAGUGGCCAUAACUAGCAAAGGAUCAUGGUUCGAUGUAGUCUUUUUGGAUCAUGGUCGAUGUAGUCUUUUUGGAUCAUGGUUCGAUGUAGUCUUUUUGGAUCAUGGUCGAUGUAGUCUUUUUGGAUCAUGGUUCGAUGUAGUCUUUUUGGAUCAUGGUUCGAUGUAGUCUUUUUGGAUCAUGGUCGAUGUAGUCUUUUUCAUCCUGCCUGAGAGAGUUUAAUGGAGCCUCCUCGCAGUCUGACAGGUCCGUGAUUGGUCAGUGUCAGCACGUGGUCCUGUGAUUGGUCAGUGUCAGCACGUGGUCAUGUGAUUGGUCUCUGUCAGCACGUGGUCCUGUGAUUGGUCAGUGUCAGCACGUGGUCCUGUGAUUGGUCAGUGUCAGCACGUGGUCCUGUGAUUGGUCAGUGUCAGCACGUUGUCCUGUGAUUGGUCAGUGUCAGCACGUGGUCCUGUGAUUGGUCAGUGUCAGCACGUGGUCCUGUGUGACGACAAUUGUAGUAGUCUGAAUGGAUCAGUAUUUAAUUAAAAAUCUCGAUUUUGUAGCGAAAAAAGAAUUCACCGUGGGGAUCGAACUUGAUCAUAGUAAAUUAAUUUCAUAGCCUAAAACAUCCGUCCAACCGGAGGUUUUUUUAACAUAUUGUUGUUGUCUGUUAUCCAAUAGGAACGUACCUCAUAUCUUCUCUUCCUGUCUGUUGUCCAAUAGGAACGUACCUGACCAACGAGGCCAAAGGAGCGGACGACGCGCCUGAUGCUGAUACGGCUAUCAUCAACGCAGAGGGCAACACACAUGCUGAGGAGAAGAAGGAGUACUUUAUCUAGACUGUAGAGGGCGCUCUGAUCUGCUGCCCCCUCUUGCUCUCUGUCUUUAUCUCUCUAGUCCCCUAUCUCUCUCCCACUCUCAUUCUCUUUAUCUCUCUCCGUACCGUUCUAUACUUUAUUUAGACUGCAGAGGGCGCUAUGCUGCUCCCUCUCUCUCUCUCUCUCUCUCUCUCACACCCUCUUUCCCUCUCUCUCUU